CGAAAAUAAAAUCCCACAUAAAAUCGUUGGUGUGACGUGGCGCGGGGGGGCGUGGCCUGUCAUUGUCAACAUCCUGGUGACGUAACGCGCCUCUCCAAAAUGGCGACGGUCGAUCACAGAGAAGAGGAGGGGGAGAGCGAGGACGAGGUGUACGAGGUGGUGGACCUGACGGAGUACGCGCGCAGACAUCAGUGGUGGAGCCGCGUGUUCGGGAGCAGCUCAGGACCCAUCGCUGAGAAAUACUCGGUGGCGACGCAGCUCAUGAUGGGAGGGGUCACUGGAUGGUGUGCAGGAUACUUGUUCCAGAGAGUGGGGAAGAUCGCUGCGACUGCUGUGGGCGGAGGAUUUCUACUGUUACAGAUUGCCAAUCACACCGGGUACGUGCAGAUCGACUGGAAAAAGGUGGAGAAGGACGUGAACAAAGCCAAGAAGCACCUUAAAAAGCGAGCGAACAAAGCCGCGCCCGAAAUCAGCACAUUCAUAGAGGAGGUAAAGGCGACAGAUUUCAUCAAAAGAAACAUCGUGUUGUCCAGUGGUUUUGUUGGGGGAUUUUUCUUGGGAAUCGCGUCAUAAAAAAAACAAAAACAAAAAACAUCUCCACCCUUUCCCGCUCUUCCUCCUCCUCCUCUCCCUUUACUGUGAAAUCACUACAUGAGUCACUUUAUCCUAUAGACUUUACCUCUCAUUGCUUAAACCAGUGUCUCACAACCCGUUUUCUCAUGUCACAAUUACUCCCCUGUAACUUAAAAACUUACCAUAUUUUUUGGAUUAUAAGGCGCAAUAUCAAUAAUGUUGAAUUCUCUCGUUUAUUUUCAUACAUAAGUUGCACUGAAUUAUAAGCUUCAAAGUCGUACUAAAACAUGUUGACAGAUUUUUGAGCGCCGUGUACCACAUAAAAUCAGUUCGAGGUCAGUCAGCACAGCCAGAAUUAAUAUAUAAGGCGCACUGGAUUAUAAGGUGCAUUAAGCGAAACAAAUGGACAACACUUGAGACCGAUCCUAAUUUAAGUUUGGAGUUUUGUUUCCUACGAGGACAACUCAAACAUACACUGAGUAAUAAUGUGUUUAAUGCAGCUUUGAGCACAUUUGUUUACGUUUUACGGAAGCUAAACUUAAAACCACAUGACUCAUUUGCAUAAACUAUAAGCGCUGAAAAAAAACAAAACAAAAAACAGGUGUGGCUUUGUAGUUUACCAAAAGUUGUACUAAAACAUUUUGACAGAUUUUUGAGUGCCGUGUUCCACAUAAACUCGGUUCGAGGUCAGUCGGCACAACCAGAAUUAAUACAUAAGGCGCACUGUCGAUUUUUGAGAAAAUUUUAAGAUUUUAAGUGCGCCUUAUAGUCCGAAAAAUACGGUAUAAAGUAAAUAAGGUUUUAACACGAUAUUUAAAACAAGUUUAUAAAUAAAAAUGAAUUUUCAAAGCAUGCAAAAUACCGUGUUUCUACCUCCCAUGCAUGUUUGAGUAUUGCCAUCUCUCCUUUAUGGUUAGCAGUACGAGUCUGUACAAGGCUCCGCCCACCAGCCUACGUCACGCACGCUCCCGCACGAUAAUUCUCCAUAAAUAUACAAAAACAUGAUACAAAACUGUACACUAUGACUUCACAAGCCUGACGCGAUGUGCGGUAGUUUCAUUAGCGGGACACACGUGCUCUGAAGGGGGAGUGACUUAGCGCCUGGAGCAAAGGGAGGACGACUGAAGUGAAACUCAUUAUACGUGUUAAUAUAUUGUUUUUGGACGAAUAUAACAUUUUCAAAACAAUAAACGGUAACACGGUGAUCUUAAUGUGUUACGUGUCAGCAGUUAAUUCCUCGUAUUUACGGGUACGCGCCCCCCUGGUUGAGAAACACUGGUUUAAAUCACUCCGUCAUGUACUUGAACACUAAAACAACUACUGUAUUUUCAUUUUUGCUCGGCGUGUAGUGACUAUCUGACCAUCACAAAGCUUUCCUACUUGUUUUGUUCGAUUUGCCAAAAACAAAAAAAAAGUGUAAUUUUUGGGGACUGAAUGUUGAAGAAUGUAAGAAAAGAUGUGAAUUUCUCGGAGUCGGGAGUUGAAGUUGUGUUUUUUGAGAAUCGUGGGCGCCAUUGCAAAGAACAAUAAGAUGUUGAUGAUGUAAAUAGUUAAAAUGGGAGAUUACCGAGUUUUAAAGGGAUAGUUAGUCAUUUAGUCAAGGUAGGAGUAGUAAAGAACUAACCCUGGUCUUAAACUGGUCUAAAUGUUGAUAAGAAACUAGGACUAAACCAGAUCUGAACCAGGUCUGAACUCAUUAAAGUGCAAUUGUAUUUUUAAUAGAAGAAACUAGGACUUGUCUAGAUCUGAUCAGAGACUAAACCAGAACUAAACCAGUUUUUUCCACUGGUCUGAAUUGUGAAAAGUACUUAUUUGAGUUUUAUAGCAGAAACCAGGUCUAAACUGGGUCUAAACCAAGACUAAUCCAGCAUGAAACCAACUUUUCAGCAGGUCAAAAUUUUUAAAAGUUCUUCUUUGGGAUCUAGCAUAAACCAGUACUAACUCAGGACUAAUCAAGGACUAAACUGGGUCUAAAGCUUGAAAGUGCAAUUAUUUAUUAAAGAGAAGAGACUAGGACUUGUCUAGAUCUGAUCAGAGACUAAACGAGAACUAAACCAGGUCUUCAGCAAGGUCUUAAUUUUGAAAAGUUCUUGUUUGGGUGCUCUAGAAGAAACCAGGACUAAUCAAGGACUAAAUUAGUUCUAAACCAGGACAAAACCAAGUCUUCAGUAGGUCUAAAUUUAUGUAUGUAAAUGUAAGUAUGUGUUUGGGUUCUAUAGAAGAAACUUGGACUAAACUGGGACUAAUCCAGUACUAAACCAGGUCUUCAGCAGGUCAGAUGUCUGGGUUGUAUAGAAGAAACUUGGACUAAACUGGGACUCAACCAGGACUAAACCAGAACUGAACCAGGUCUCAACAUAAGUCUAAACUUAAACUCAGGUUGUACAUAUUUAAAAAAAGACUAAAUAAAAUCAGAUACCAGCCAAAACCAGGACUAAACCAGGUCUCAGUCUGAAGAAAUAUGGACUAACCCAGGUCUAAACCAGGUCUCAGGCUGUAGAAACAAAGACUUAAGGCUAACCCAGAACUAAACCAAGACUAAACCAGGUCUAAACCCGACUCAGUCCAGCUUUAUUCCACAGUAACAGACACUUACAGUAAUUUGAUAAAUGUAUAAAUCUACUUCUUCAUUCCUAGUUUAGUUGUAAUUGUACUAGUAGAAGUUGUGUAAAAUUACUACUACUACUCCUACUCUCAAAUACUAGCUAUCCCUUUAAGUACACAAACAAGUAUUUUAUUAUAACGCAGUGGAAAAAGACGCCCACACCUGAAGCUCUAUACAACACAUAUCAUUGUCUUAAAUAUUCUGUGUAUUAUUCUUUGUUUUGUGUUGGGGACGUUUUUGUUUUUUUUUUCUCCUUAAUGUGACUUUUUAAAAAUAUUUCCGAACACGUUUUCAUCUCUUAAAGGUGCACUGUGUAACUUUUUCGGUUCGACCAGCUUCUUGUCUCCAUGGAGAUGAGCUAUAUUUUAUUACAAGUGUUUUAUUGCUCAGAAAAAAAACACCUUGAGAAAACAGAACUUCUUGCUCUUGAUUCACCUUACUCACCUUCGCUUGAUCGUCUCCAUGGAGAUGUUAGUUUAAUGCCAUACUGCGGGACAUUUCAGGUUUUAAAAUCGUGCUCUAGUCCAGUGCAGCAAUUUCGCUUUCAUGCAAAAAAACAAACAAACACUAAAAACAAUCUAAAAUUAAAGGUCUAUGUUACACAAAAUGGACUCUUUUUGUGAGCUUUAAGCCUUGUUUUAGCAAAUUACUGGUCAGAUCUGUGGAGAAGCGAGCCCACUCACAGUAAAUAAUGCGUAUAAAGCCGCACGGAAUUAACUAAAUUUAAGAAAGAUGUGUUUUUAUUCCAUACUGUGGGAAAUUCCAGGCACUGCAGUUGAAUACCGGCUCGAAUGUCCCCCCUGGCUUGAAAGUCCCAGCUCGAGCGUCCCAUUCUCUUGGCUUGAACGUCCCCCUCCUCCCUCGAGGUGCUCCCUUCUCUCGGGCGGCACUCGGGUAACUUCUGUGCCCGGGAGAGUUAUCGUAGAAAAUCAGCUUCUAUAUCGUAAUAAACUGAAAUGUGAAUGUAGCGAGACCAAAUGUCGGGCCUUGUUUAUGACAUUUUACCGAUCUUCCUGAAGCGGCACACAUCACGUUCAAAUUAUUUUUUCUUGCCCUCCACGUCCUAUAGCAUCUGUAACUGUUGAUUUGGGAUGAAAUAUUAAUUAUUUCCUGACCUGCCAAGAACAUAAUUUGUAAACAGCGCAACACAAGAAACUUGGAACGCUACAGAAUUUGUUCAAAAAUCAUUCAGAAUCACUUUUAGGAAGGUCAUAACUAUGUAUUUUAUUGACAUAUGUAAGAUCAAAUUCUGGAAUUGUUGCUGCACAGUUGAGACCACAUAAUUUUUUAUUUAUUUUUUAUUCAAAUUGUUAUUGAAUAAAUUUUUUUCCCUUCAUCUUUCUUUCAUUUCACAUAUUUCUCUAUUAUAGUAUUAAAAAUGUCUUUUUUUCUUUUUUUUCCCCUUAUUCCAUUGAGUAAAAAAGUUUAAAAAAUUAAUAAAAAAAACAAUUAUUUGAACAUUUAAGUAGCAGUGGACAGGGAUUCUCACUAAUGUUCCUUUUUUUUUGUUUUUUUUUUAAAUAAAUGUUUGGAGACUACAUAAUUUUUUGCAUGUUUUUUUUGUAUGUAUGAACAAAUGUGUUGACUAAUAUUGUAACUUGUGUGUGUAAUUUUUUUUUUUUUCAUAUGUAUAUAGAUUAACUAACUUAAUUUCAUAAAGGGGACAAUUCAGGGGACUCUCCAGCCAGCGGGACUUUCCAGCUGAGCCAGAAAAGUUACGCAGUGCACCUUUAAACUCUCUAAAUGGCUCACUUUAGCUUAAUACGUUCACUUUAAUACGUUAAUACGUUAUCGUAUUAUUAUUGUUUAUUCACUACUAAUGUCAAGUUGCUGUACUAGAACAAAUGCUGUAGCUCAAGCUGCCAAAACUACAUCCACGACGAUCCUCUACGUUACUAAAACAGUUGCUAACGUCCAAAUAAUUAUUGUUAUUGUGUGCGAAAUUCCUGUUUUAAGAUCAGAUAUUGUUAAAAGUUUAGAUUCAGAGCAGGUGGAUUUAUAAUUUUGAGGGAGAUUCGCUGUUUUUGAAAGAAAUCUCCAAACUUCUGACCCACAAAUGUUUCUUCUUUGCAUUAUUUGUUUGCGAUCUUAAUCUUAUGGUUCAGUCACGUCUUUGGGGUUGAAAAAUUGUGCCAAUUUUUGAAGCUGUUGUGAUAAAAUAAUUUCACUUUUGUUUAUUUUUAUUGACAGAGAAGAGGCUGAACUUUGUGCCAGUUUUGUUUCAUGAGGAAUUACACAAAAACGAAUAUAAACCAGCUCAACAAAUCUUUUAUUAUCUGUUCCCAUCUCAAUGUUAAACAAUUUGAUCUUAAAACAGUGAAUUUCUGAUGUCUGAUAGUUUAAUUUCAGCCUUGUUUUGCUUUGUUUUACGUUCACUUUUGCCUUUUUUUGUUGAGUGCAAUUGUACAAAAAAAAAACAACGUGUCUUUUGUUCAUGGUUUUCUUGUUUGCAGCUGUGUGGGUUGGCUCUUGUGUCUCAUUUAAAAAUAAAGUUGUUUUAUUCUUAUGAUAA